AUGCUUUUCCUUUUGAAGGUCGAACCAUUGUUAAUGAAAGAUUGGUGUGCAAUUAUGGAUUGGUCACCAAACAUCGAUCACAAAGGCGAUUACCUACAGCUGUGGAACAAUCAUCACCUUGACAAGGCUGUUGCCCAAUCUCAGUUGUUCAUCAACGAAUGUCGACGGGCAUUGGGGUUGUCGAUGAAGUUCUGGGUAGCUGAAAUCCAUGAAAUCGUCAAGAAUACCAUUCUACACUUUUCCGAACUGCGUGUCAAAUGCGGCGAUCUGAAUGAUGCCUUGAAACAGUUGGAUCUGACCGCCACUCCUCACAAAAUCAAAUCAACACCAUCGAAACGUCGAUCUUUCAUCGAUCUAUUGGAACUGAGAGACAAAUUGAUGCGUGGAUCGACGGAACACAAGAAAAACGGCUCGCAUGUGUCAGUUGCAAGCCACAUAGCAAUCCAGCUGAGAAAUAGAUUCUGCGGGCCUAAGUAUGGGACCAUUUAA